AUGUCAUGUACACGAACACUCCUCACCAACACAGCAAUCCAUACUCGGACUGGGAAGCAUUUCAAAUCAAUCCAAGGAACUACUUCUCACUGUGCCUUGAAUUGUACACCAUCAUCGAUGUUGCAGAUGUUUAGCAACGGAAAGACGAAGCUUAACAUUGGCAAUGACGAUGAUGAUGGAUACUGCCAGGCCUCAUCCAAACUCCGCAGAGACAGCUUUCUGCUCCAUCUCUACUGGAGACAACGGGCUGUAAUGCUGCUUAUGCUUAUUUUCAACGAAAGCAGCGACUUUCAAAUGCCCUAUUGCUUCAUUCUCUUGGAUUCUGAACGAUGA